UGUAUAGCAUGAUCUCUAGGCUAACAGUUACAGCUUUGGAUAACGUCUGCUUGUCAAUUUUGGAAGUAUCCUCCUGACUGUGUGACCCAGUUAUCAUGUUUACUAAUCUCCUAUUGCCAAUAAUCUGUUAGGGCGGGGGCAAACAUAUAGCAGUGCGAAAGCUAUGGUUUAAUAGUGCCACCCAUAUUUUGGGGAAUUGUAAUAUUCAGGACAAUCUCUACUCUUUACCACAACGAUAAACCACAAGUGCCCGUAGCUACCUUUUAAUUUUGCGCGUUCCCGUAACAGUGUCCGCCAUUUUGAUUAAAAAAUAUGACAGCAUCCUUGUCUGUCUUGCUGCAAUCUUGAGGGUAAAAGCGACAAUCAAUUUACUGGCGCUGGGAUUGAUUGUACUAUACACGGGUGGAAGGGUCAGGCAGCCUCUGGUGAGCUGUCAAAGAAACACUCGCCAGAUUACUGACAGAUUUGGUUGAUGGGGCGUGCAGCUCCAGUUGACUGGCUUGGAAUAUAAACAAACUGCUCAACCAGCUACUUUAGCAGACUGACACACGCCCUGGAGCUAAAUGACAAGUGUGUGUGUGUAAUCGUCCAUCCAGAUGACCAUUCCUUCCUGGGUCUAUGAGACAAAUGACUGAAGAGGUCUGACCAAGGACACACAUUAAUUAGCUGCAGCCAUGUUCUGGAAGUUUGACCUGCACAUGUCGUCCCAGCUGGAGGCCCUGCUGGAGAAGGAUGAUGUCACACUCACUGAGCUCAUGGAGGAGGAGGACGUACUACAGGAGUGCAAGGCCCAGAACCACAGGCUGCUUGUCUUCCUGUCCCAGGACACCUGCAUGCAGGAGCUGCUGCACCUCAUCACCACAGAGCCCCCUGCUGGCCUGGAAGAAACAAGACGUUUUAAGCACCCUAACAUAGCGUGUGAGCUGCUGACGAGUGAUGUGGGGGUGAUAAAUGAUAAGCUGGGUGGAGAGAAGCUCCUGCUGGAUACCCUGUACUCUUUCCUGGAGCAGCCCCCUCCCCUCAACCCCCUUCUUGCGUCCUUCUUCAGCAAGACCAUCGGAAACCUCAUCACACGCAAGACCGAACAGGUGAUCUCCUUUCUGCGGGGAAAGGAGGGUUUCCUGGGUCUGGUCCUGAAUCACAUCAACACAUCAGCCAUGAUGGACCUCCUGCUACGCCUCAUCAGCUGUGUAGAGCCUGCUCCUCUCAGACAGGACACACUCAACUGGUUAAAUGAAGAGCAGCUGGCCCAGAGGCUUAUAGAGCUCAUCCACCCUGGGAAAGAUGAGGAGAAACAGUCAAAUGCAUCCCAGACUGUGUGUGACAUCAUCCGUCUCAGCAGAGACCAGGCCAAUCAGCUCCAAGAGAACUCUGAGGCUGACCCUCUGCUUGCCGUGCUGGAGUCGCAGGAGUGUGUCGGUCAGCUGCUGGACAACAUGUUUGUGGGAGAGAGGACAGAGAGCUGUAUCAUCUGUGGAACUCAAAUCCUUCUAACCUUACUGGAAAUCAGGAGGCCAGGGGUGGAGGGUAUGUUGGAUGUGUGUGUUCAGGGACAUGAGAGGUGUGUCAACAGUAGCAUCCUGCAGGCCAUCCAACCCCACCUCACACACUACCACCAACUACUGCUGGAUCCGCCCAGGGUGACCCCCAUGCUUACCAGUCUAGGUGUGUUGGAGGUGCCACUGGGUAACUGUCGUCUCCAUGUGGCCAGACUGAUGGCCUCUCUGCUACAGACCACUAACACCAGUUAUUACAUUUGUUGUAACAACACCAUUUAUAACAACACUGUCACACUGGAGCUCUGCAGACUCAACACCAUAAACAUUCUACUGGACCUGUUCUUUAAGUACACCUGGAACAACUUCCUGCACUUCCAAGUGGAGCUGUGUGUGGCAGCCAUCCUUAGCCACUCUGCCCAGGUGCAGACACCCCUGGUUACCCAGGAAAAUCCCAGGCUUCAGCAGGAGCCCCAGGAGAAGCAGGCCUCGCCUGGCCCUACACUCCCACUGCCCUCUGUUCCUCCCGACAUCUCCACACACAACCCACUGGUGACCCAUUUGUUUCAGGACUGUCGUCUGGUUCUGAGGAUAUUGGAGGCUUGGGAGGAGAAUGAUAAGAUGCAGGCGGAGGGGGGCAUGAGGAGAGGCUACAUGGGUCAUCUGACUAGGAUCGCCAACACUGUAGUCUGUAGCAUGGAGAAAGGACCAGUACACAGCCAGAUCAGCAGCCUUAUUACAGAGCUGCUUGUGGAUUGCAAGGGGCGCUGGGAGACCUUUGUAGACCAGGCCCUGACAGAGAUCAACAGGAAGAACACUGUAGACCUGGUGUCUCACAACCUGCGCUCCUCCAGUGAAGAUGAUGAUCGACAGAGUCCCUUCCCCAAAGAGCUGUCACUGCAACAAACAUUCUCAGACUACCAGAUCCAGCAGAUCACUGCUAACUUUGUGGAUCAGUUUGGCUUCAAUGACGACGAGUUCUCAGAACACGGCGACAACAUCAAUGCCACCUUUGACCGGAUUGCAGAGAUUAACUUCAACGUGGACACAGAGGACACUGCUAAGACUGCAGCAUUUGAGGCCUGCACCAAGGAGAAGAUCCAGUCGUUUGAUGACAACGAAGAGGAAGAUAUCUGGGAGGAGAGAGCGAUCAACUAUACUACACACACUAAGUCUAGGACCAGGUUUGGGGGGUCACGGACGUCUGUUGGAGCGGCUCAGAGUGAUGGGGUGAGCGAUACUGCUGGUAGCUCAACAGGUUCUGAAACGGAGGAGUGGGAGGUGCCUGUUGAGGUCACAGGUCAGACAGAACACAGCAAGAACAUCACCCAGACUGAGAACAUCAGCCAGACUGAGACUGCACAGAGUAAGGAUGACUAUUUGAACACAGGCCCUGGCUGGGCGGCUAGUUUCGGGGAGGUGAACUCUAACGUCCCCUCUCCUGGAGUGGGCAUGGAUCCAUGGGCUAACCCCACCCCCAAGUCUGGAGUGGGCGUAAACCUAUGGGGUAGCCCUGCCCCUACACCUGGAGUGGGCUUAGACCCGUGGGGUAGCCCCGCCUCUAAAUCAGGAGUGGGCGUAGACCCAUGGGGUAGCCCCACCCCCAAGUCCGAAGUGGGUGUCGACUCAUGGGACAGCCCUGCCCCCAAGUCAGAAGUGGGCGUGGAUGCAUGGGGCAGCCCCGCCCCCCAACCCAUAACUGCAGAGAAGGGCUGGGCCAAGUUCACUGACUUUCAGCCCUUCUGCUGUUCAGAGACAGGUCCGAGGUGCACUUCUCCAGUAGACUCCGAGAUCUGUGGGUCAGACAAAACAAAACCCAGCCAAGACAAGAACUCUUGUGUGUGGAGUGUGUGUGUGGCGAGGAAGGCUCCCCUGGUAGCAUCAGACAGCUCUUCAUCAGGAGGCUCAGAAAGUGAUGAAGAGGACAAGACUGAAUCUGUUACUAUGGAGACGGUAUCCAAGGAAAUGGUCACUACAGAGACCGUUGUUACAACCGCCGGACGGGAGACCAUCAGACUUAGGAUGGACGCCAACAACGAGAGAGCUGUCUUCACCAGUGAGGCUGACAUGAGAGAGAAAGAGAAGAUGAAGGAGAAGGAGAUGAUGGGUGGAGGAGACCCUCUCAAUGCCACCGCUGCUCCCCUCAAAAUUCGGCCUGCCACCGUCACAAAAGACACACCAUCCUUGGCAAACGGACCGGCCUAGUACUACGGUACCACGACACACACACACACUCCACUUUCCAACAACACUCCAUGCCAUGCAACGUCGUGUAUCGUGAGCAGUGCUGCCCUGUCAUAGGUCUGUGUCUAGGACAUCUACGGUGGCUGAGAGAGUCAAAAAGCAGAAGAGAAAAGCCAUUCCGGAAGCCAAACAGCUCCUAAACACAACAGUUUAUAAACAGAUUCAUGUGAUGUUUGUCCCUGGCCUACUGCUGUAGUCUCUCCGAGACACCUAUCACCACACUGCGACGAGUGUGUGUGUGUGUGUGUGUGUGUGUGUGUGUGUGUGUGUGUGUGUGUGUGUGUGUGUGUGUGUGUGUGUGUGUGUGUGUGUGUGUGUGUGUGUGUGUGUGUGUGUGUGUGUGUGUGUGUGUGUGUGUGUGUGUGUGUGUGUGUGUGUGUGUGUGUGUGUGUGUGUGUGUGUGUGUGUGUGUGUGUGUGUGUGAGAGAUCCAGCAUUAUGUAGUCUUGUUGUUAGUUCUUGGCUCAGCCAGUAGAGAAGACGCUCCAUUCCCGCUGUAGUCACAUCAUCAGCGCAGAGUAGUCUGAGGAGGGGAAUGAGUAGUCAGUACUGACUGUAAGAUCUUCAAAGACAAAGUGUGUUCCUAUUUUUUUUUUUUACUCAAUCAUUUCAGCAUAGAAAAUCCAAGCCUGAUUAUGAAAAUUCUCCACUCUUUCUCCCUCUCUGUGUGGACUAUUCUGUCUGUUCUCCCUUUCUGUGUGGACUAUUACAGGUAGUGAAAAUAUUGAUUCUGUCUGUUCUUUCUCUUUGUGUGGGAGAUUUGGAAUAUAUAUUCUCAGGUUAAAAGAGCAGUUCUGUGGAUGUGAUGAAAGCACACCUGUGUGAUGUCACACACAGCAUGAGUACACACACAUACAGUGUGAUUAUUCACACACACACACACAAAGCUUGAGGCAUACACACUCCACUGUAUGAGUGUAUACACACAAACAGAGUUUGCGCAGACAAGCACUCACACCCUUCCAUAUCACCCCUCCACAGAGCUGUGUAAAUGUAAUAUUGUGACCUUUGAACCUUUUAUUAGGUUGUGGUAAAAUGUAAACGUAUUAUAAUGUAAACAGUAUAUAUAUAUAUAUAUAUAUAUAUAAACACGUAUCUAUUUUUGGUAUCAAUUCAGAUGUAUCGGAAAGCGGAUGUUUAGCAGGUUGCUGUGUGUGUGUGGUGUGUGUGUGUGUGUGUGUGUGUGUGUGUGUGUGUGUGUGUGUGUGUGUUUAUAAUGGUGAAAUGAGGCAAUAAUGACAUCUGCGUUGUUAUGGUUUUUACCCCAGCAUCAGACCCUGAUACCCUGCUACAUGCUUCCUCCUGGGUGUGUGUGUGGGUACAUGUAUGUAUAUGUUUAAUGUAUUGGAAAUGUCUUCCAUAUCCAAAUCCUCAUGCUAUAUCAUCUUAUCAGUAUCUAAAGUGGUCUCUCUCCCUUCUCUCAUUUAGAGCAUGUCAUUCAGGUAUGACUUAGUGAAGUUAGUUUCUGUUGUUGUAUGGUUUUAUGUUUAAAGCACUUUGUGAUGGUGGUCAGAACCAUCAAGGUAUUUUACUCACAGCUGAGGAAGAGGUUUGACUUAAAGGAAUCAGUGAGUUAUUACAACAUCUUAAUAAUAUGUGUAUGUGAUAUGAUGAUUUGAUCCACCUAUUGUGAUGCCAAAGUGGGCUAGAGACUAAUGAAAUUGGCUAGAUUUGGGACAGGGAGAGGGAUCCACCCUGAUAAAGCUAACCAGAGUUGUGUACAGAGUUACGUCAUACCUUCACCCCAACACUACACACUGCAUCUGACCCACACCACGCACUGCAUCUGACCCAUACCACACCACGUACUGCAUCUGACCCAUACCACACCACGCACUGCAUCUGACCCAUACCACACCACGCACUGCAUCUGACCCAUACCACACCACGCACUGCAUCUGACCCAUACCACACCACGCACUGCAUCUGACCCACACCACGCACUGCAUCUGACCCAUACCACACCACGCACUGCAUCUGACCCAUACCACACCACGCACUGCAUCUGACCCAUACCACACCACGCACUGCAUCUGACCCAUACCACAACACGCACUGCAUCUGACCCAUACCACAACACGCACUGCAUCUGACCCAUCCACACCACGCACUGAUCCCAUACCACACCACGCACUGCAUCUGACCCAUACCACACCACGCACUGCAUCUGACCCAUACCACACCACGCACUGCAUCUGACCCAUACCACACCACGCACUGCAUCUGACCCAUACCACACCACGCACUGCAUCUGACCCAUACCACACCACGCACUGCACCUGACCCAUACCACACCACACACUGCAUCUGACCCACACCACGCACUGCAUCUGACCCAUACAACACACUGCAUCUGACCAUACCACACACUGCAUCUGACCCACACUGCAUCUGACCCACACCACGCACUGCACCUGACCCAUACAACACCACACACUGCACCUGACCCAUACAACACCACAUACUGCAUCUGACCCACACCACACCACACACUGCACCUGACCCAUACCACACUGCAUCUGACCCAUACCACACCACACUGCAUCUGACCCAUACCACACCACACACUGCAUCUGACCCAUACCACACCACACACUGCAUCUGACCCAUACAACACCACACACUGCAUCUGACCCAUAUGUGUGUGUGCUCUCUGUAGUCAGAGGCCUUUUAUAAAGGGUUCUGAUGCUGGCGGUUCAUUUUCUGUAUAUGUAAUUGUGUGUGUUACUGUUGUCAAACCUAGCCUGUAAAGUCAGAUAUCAAACUAAUAAAUAUGUCAACCAUCAA